AUGGCAGCGCAUGUCAAGGUCGUAGCUCGUUUUCGGCCAGCACAUGCACCCGGAGAUAGGAUCCAGUCUGGUGACGAUGCCGUCAUUGUUGAGCACAAAGACUCGCAGUCUGUGAGCCUUUCUCGUGGCUCCGAUGCGACAUUUACAUUUGAUCAUGUGUUUCCUAUGGAGACCACUCAGGCACAUGUUUUUGAACACAGUAUUAAGGGGACUGUGGAUGAUGUACUUCAAGGGUACAAUGGGACGAUUUUUGCAUAUGGUCAAACAGGCUCCGGAAAGACGUAUACAAUGAUGGUAUGUGGAUUCAUGCUUGGACGAUGUGGGAAAGCGUGA